ACUUUCCUGCUAGCAUCACCACCCUAAACUGCCUUAUAACAUCCACAAUGGCAUUCAAUGGAACCUGGCAGGUCUAUGCUCAAGAGAACUACGAAGCGUUUCUGAAAGCUCUUGCAUUGCCAGAUGACCUUAUCAAACUCGCCAAAGAUAUUAAGCCUAUUGUUGAAAUACAACAAAAAGGAGAUGACUUUGUUGUGACAUCAAAAACACCCAAGCAAUCUGUAACUAACUCAUUUACACUUGGAAAAGAGGCUGACAUUACUACUAUGGACGGCAGAAAGCUAAAGUGUACUGUGAACAUGGUAAAUGGGAAGCUUGUAUGCAAAUCAGAAAAAUUCUCCCAUGAGCAAGAAAUUAAAGGAAGUGAAAUGGUAGAGACUAUGACUUUUGGUGGAGUAACACUUGUCAGAAGAAGCAAGAGAGUUUAAAGACAGAUUAUGUUCUUUGUGACAUCCUUACAUACCUAAAAUAAAGUGCAGUUUCCAC